UGUCAGACAGCAGCAACACAGCGUGGGUGUCUGCCUGUCACCCAGGGGCCCCGUGUCAACGACAGAGGGAAGAAGAAGAGACGUAAAGGAGGAAACCAGUAAAUAUCGCUGCUGUAGACAUGGACCUGCGCUCUGAGCUGCUCAAGUCCAUCUGGUACGGUUUCACGGCCCUGGAUCUGGAGAGGAGUGGGAAGGUGUCCAAGUCUCAGCUGAAGGUGUUGUCUCACAACCUGUGCACAGUCCUGUCCAUCCCGCACGACCCGGUGGCUUUGGAGGAGCACUUCAGGGACGAUGACGACGGCCCAGUGUCCAGCCAGGGUUACAUGCCCUACCUCAACAAAUAUAUCCUGGAUAAGGUUAUCGAAGGCUCUUUUAUUAAGGAAAACGUAGAUGAGCUCUGUUGGACUCUUACGGCAAAGAAAAACUAUCAGCCAGACAGAAGCAGCAGCACCAUUCUGCCAGACAAAGACGCUUUUCGGCUGUGGUGCCUUUUUAAUUUCCUUUCCGAAGACAAGUACCCUCUGGUUAUGGUUCCUGAUGAGGUGGAGUACCUCCUCAAGAAGGUAUGCAUGUGUAUGAGCAUUGAGUUCAACUGUGUGGAGUUAGAGGACUUCUUCUCUCAGGAUUCGGUGCAGCAGAGCGGCAUCACCGUCUGGGUUUUUCUGGAGAUGAUGAACUCUGGAAAAGUAACCAGAGGAAUCGAUAAGAGUAUUAUCAGCAUGGCCAUCGAAGAAGUGUACAGGGAGAUAGUUGGCGAUGUCCUGAAAGAGGGUUAUCUGUGGAAAAAAGGCCAGCUGAGGAGAAACUGGAAGGAGCGCUGGUUCACCCUAAGGCCCAGCAACUUGUCUUACUACACCGGGGAGGACCGCAAGGACUGCCAAGGCAACAUAGCCCUGGAUGGGAACUGCUGCGUGGAGGAUGUAGACGAUGGUCAGAUAUUGUUUGGUGUUUCAAAAUGGAUCAAAAAGGCAGUGCUGCCGGACCGAGAUGGGAAGAGGUGCAUGUUUUGUCUGAAAACCCUCUCGAAGACUUACGAAAUGAGCGCCUCAGACACCAAACAGAGACAAGAGUGGACCACAGCCAUUCAGACGGCCAUCCGGCUGCACGUGGAGGGGAAGAAGUCCCUCCACAAAGACCUGAAGCUGAAGCGGCGGGAGCAGCGCGAGCAGCGGGAGAAACGGCGACAGGCGAAGGAGGAGGAGCUGCAGAGGCUGCGGGCCCUGCAGGAGGAGCGGGAGCGGAAGCUGGCCGAGCUGGACCUCCUGAAGGAGGCGCAGAAGCAGGCCCAGUCCCUCCUGGAGCAGGACGAGCAGAGGAGGCGCCAGCAGCACGAACAGCUCCAGCGCGCCCUCGAGGUCCAGCUCCGUGAGGCCGAGGAGGCCCGGGUCAGCAUGCAGGCAGAGAUGGCUCUGAAGGAGGAGGAGGCAGAGAGGCAGAGGAAGAGGAUCCAGGAGCUGGAGGAGAUGCAGAAGCGACUGGAGGAGGCGCUGCAGCAGGAGAUUAAAGCCAGGCUGGAUGAGGAGGCCUUCCGCUACGCUCAAGCAGGGUUACUGGCCGAGGAGGAGGAGAAAAUGAAGGCCCUGAUGGCCCUGCAGGAGGAACAGGAGGAGUACAUCCUGAAGACGCAGAGGGAGAAGCAGGAGCUCAAACAGGAAAUGGAGGUCAAGUCUCGGGCCCUGGACGAGGCGCAGAGGCAGCUGGAGGAGGUCCGCGCAAACCGGCACAGGGUCGACCAGGACGUGGUGGCCGCCCAGAGGAAGCUUCGCCAGGCGAGCACCAACGUCAAACACUGGAACGUCCAGAUGAACAGGCUGAUGCGACCGAUCGGACCGGGCGAGAAGAGACCGUCGUUGGGAAGCUCCUUCUCGAGCUUCCAGAUCCCGACGCAGAGAGACCCCGGCCUGCGCCUCAGGAGGAAAUCGGGAUCGGAGGAUCAGGACGACGAGAGCAAAGAAAACGUCGACAACAGAGCGGGAUGUGAGCUUGAGAAACGUCACUCCCACGCCUCUAACGGAGAAAUGGACAUCCCCUAAAAACAUGAAUCAGGGGGGUGGGGUGGUGGGGGUGGUGGGGGUGGUGGGCUCGCUUAGGUCACAUCUUCUCUGAAGGAGGUUUUCUGACAGGAAAUGCAAGAGACAGUCAUCUUAUGUCUGAACCGCGUGAAAGCAGCAGGACAUCUGCAUUUAAAACUGAAUUGACAGUACUACCAUUUCUGUUAAACGUUGCAUUCACUGACCUCAAAACACAGACGGUUUCAUGAGAAUUCGCUGUAUUCACCGCUCAACUAAUGCUUUGGCUGCGUCUUGAGUGGGGAGUGUUCCGAACAUACAGUAAAUGAUACCUCGUCGCGAAGAAAAUGAGCUGAGAGAUGCUGAAGAUUCGUCGUUGUGUUUAAAUGUUAAAAUCCACAUAAAUGAAGCUCGUUCGUUUAACCUUGUAACAUAGACACACACCAGUGUUUAAUUUUUACAUAUGUAAUUUGUGGCUUUUUUUUUUUUGUGUUGUGUUGUAGAAAGUUGGUUCACUCUUAGGGUUUACCACAUUUUAACUCCUGAUCAACAGGAAAUAGAGACAGAGGUGGUGCAGAGACAGAGUCUCAUUAAACUUCCUGUUUCUAAUGUCACCUAACGUUACUGUAAAUAAACUCAGUGAACUGAUGCUGUAAACAGUUUUCCACUUGUAUCUUUACCGUGUUAAAUUAUGUGCAACGUGCAUUUUCAAACGACUCACAUUAAAGUGUCAUACAUUAUAGACGCGAAUCA